CGCGUGCGCGGCGUCGCUGCUGGGCCAGUCGGGACGGAGGAGACAAAAUGGCGCUGCGGGCGAUGCGGGGGAUUGUCAACGGGGCCGCACCCGAGCUACCCGUGCCCACCGGUGGGCCGGUGGUGGGAGCUCGGGAGCAGGCGCUGGCCGUCAGUCGGAACUACCUCUCCCAGCCUCGCCUCAGUUAUAAAGACAGUAUUGGAGUCAAUGGUCCGCUAGAUUUAGAUCAUGUUAAGUUUCCCAGGUAUGCUGAAAUCGUCCAUUUGACCUUACCAGAUGGCACAAAGAGAAGUGGGCAAGUUCUGGAAGUUAGUGGUUCCAAGGCAGUAGUUCAGGUAUUUGAAGGGACUUCAGGUAUAGAUGCUAAGAAAACGUCCUGUGAGUUUACUGGGGAUAUUCUCCGAACACCAGUGUCUGAGGAUAUGCUUGGUCGGGUAUUCAAUGGAUCGGGAAAACCCAUUGACAGAGGUCCUGUUGUACUGGCUGAAGACUUCCUUGAUAUCAUGGGUCAGCCAAUCAACCCUCAAUGUCGAAUCUACCCAGAGGAAAUGAUUCAGACUGGCAUUUCAGCCAUCGAUGGAAUGAACAGUAUUGCCAGGGGGCAGAAAAUUCCUAUCUUCUCUGCUGCUGGGCUACCACACAAUGAGAUUGCAGCUCAGAUCUGUCGCCAGGCUGGUUUGGUAAAGAAAUCCAAAGAUGUAGUAGACUACAGUGAGGAAAAUUUUGCAAUUGUAUUUGCUGCUAUGGGUGUAAACAUGGAAACUGCCCGAUUCUUCAAAUCUGACUUUGAAGAAAAUGGCUCAAUGGACAAUGUCUGCCUCUUUUUGAACUUGGCGAAUGACCCAACCAUUGAGCGAAUUAUCACUCCUCGCCUGGCUCUAACCACAGCUGAAUUUCUGGCAUACCAAUGUGAGAAACACGUACUGGUUAUCCUCACAGACAUGAGUUCUUACGCUGAAGCACUUCGAGAGGUUUCAGCAGCCAGGGAAGAGGUUCCUGGUCGACGAGGCUUCCCAGGUUACAUGUAUACAGAUUUAGCCACAAUAUAUGAACGCGCUGGGCGAGUGGAAGGGAGAAACGGCUCGAUUACUCAAAUCCCUAUUCUUACCAUGCCUAAUGAUGAUAUCACUCACCCAAUCCCGGACUUGACUGGCUACAUUACAGAGGGGCAGAUCUAUGUGGACAGACAGCUACACAACAGACAGAUUUAUCCACCUAUCAAUGUGCUACCCUCACUAUCACGGUUAAUGAAGUCUGCUAUUGGAGAAGGGAUGACCAGGAAGGAUCAUGCUGAUGUAUCUAACCAGCUGUAUGCGUGCUAUGCUAUUGGGAAGGAUGUACAAGCCAUGAAAGCUGUCGUUGGAGAAGAAGCCCUUACCUCAGAUGAUCUUCUCUACUUGGAAUUUCUGCAGAAGUUUGAGAGGAACUUUAUUGCUCAGGGUCCUUACGAAAAUCGCACUGUCUUUGAGACUUUGGACAUUGGCUGGCAGCUGCUCCGAAUCUUCCCCAAAGAAAUGCUGAAGAGAAUCCCUCAGAGCACCCUCAGCGAAUUUUACCCUCGAGACUCUGCGAAGCAUUAGCUGCCGCUUCUGCGCUGCUCCACACUCUUGUGAAAUACUGGUUCUAUUUUCUUUAUUCCUUUUGCGCUCCCCAAUCCCCACCUUUGUGUUGGAGUUUACUGUGUUACCCUGUAAUUAAAAACAAAGAAUAGGUAACAUAUUGUGCCAGUGUUGCAACGUUUUAAACUGCUAACAGACCUUAAAAUAUCCCGUUCAGAAAACCUGGGUCCUCAGUGCUAUGUUUAAAGUAGCUGCAGGGAUGGAGUGGCGUUUUCCUAUUGCUGUAUGUAUUGUACAUAGCGGAGUAGUUAGUUACCUGAUAACGGUCUCAUUAUUUGGGCCUCUUAGACCUUACCUCUCAACUCCCUCAAGAGUACCAGUCUCUGAAGUUAUAAUGCUUUGGUCUCUACAUUAGGGGCAAGAUCCGGUCUAAAAGAAGUCUCCUUUGAGAAGGGCCAAGAGGCCCUUUCCUGAGUGUGUGCUUUCGGUUUGUUGGUGUGCCUGUGUUGCUGGGCUGUGCUGAUGCUCGAAGCAGAUGGUUUUGACUGUCUACUUGCUCUUUCCUGUAUAAUGAAUAGAUGAGUGAAAGCAGUUUUCUUUUUCUCUUUAGUACAUAUGUAUUGGGAUUCCUGUGUCUUACAGCUCUCCCUCUCCAAAUAAUACACAGAAUCCUGCAACUUUUGCACAGCUGGUGUCUGUCAGGUAGCAGUGAGGCCCCUUGUCUUGGUGAUCCUUACUGGAUUUCCAAGCAGAGGAGUCACGUGAUUAAAAUCGCUAAUAGAGUUGUUGUUUGGGGUACAAGAUAAGAAGAAAGAAAAACCUACAGCCUUUCUACAUUCUGACAUACUAACAGUGGUUUCAGUUUCUAAAGUGUUUACCAGAUGCCGAAGGCAAGGUGGGGAGCAAACGCACUUAUGUUUACGGAUAUUUUAAACUCUGUUAGAGAGCAGCCUUUGAAAAUCCCCAAUUUUGUUUUACUUUUUGACCUCUCUCUACCUUUUCAGGGUAAUCUUUGUGGCACAAACGAUAGCAUUUCCAAGCUUUAGAGUUCUCUGAAUUCCUGCGCCUUCCUGAACGUGAGCCCUGAGCGAUCUUCUAUGCAGUUCUGCCAUGUGUCCUGUUUGGUCUCUCUGUGUUCUUUGUUACUUGUGCAAUAGCGACUUCCCUACUCCAUGCAUUCCAUCUUUCAUGUUGUGUAAAGUUCUUCACUUUUUUCUUUGAGGGGGUGGGGGUGGGGGGAGUCAGCAUGAUUAUAUUUUAAUGUAGAAAAUGUGACAUCUGGAUAUAAAAUGAAAUAAAUGUUAAAUUAAAUGGAA